AUGGUUUUGCUUCGAUUGAAAUCUUUGACUUGUUUCAAGGGGGAUGUUCAAUGUGAUGAGAGGGGGAGUAAGGAUCAGAAGUCCACCACCACUUGUACCACCACCACCAAGGAAGUCAUCUCUACAUUGACUCACAACUCUCAAAAGACCAGCAACAACACACUCCAUGGAGUCAUUUCUGGAACCACCAAGGAAAUCUUCUCUGGUCAUGAAUUGACUCGGAAAAAUGAUCCAACUGCACAAGAUGGUUCCUCCUCCUCCAAUCAAGAUGAAACUUCUCUCUUGGAGCUUUUACAAUCCAUUGCACACGAUUCUUCAUCAAGUACCAUUGACCCAAAAAGUAAUUUCACAAAGAAUUCCACCACAAGUGAAGACAAGAACAGUCUCUCUUUGAAUUUAUUGAAUCACAACAAGGAAGAGAGAUUGUUAAAUUCAGAAUUGCCUCUCCCCAAGAAUAAGCAUGGUCAAGAAGUGAGUGCACAAUUAUUUUGGACUUCCUUGCCACCAGGAAACAAGUUUAAAAAAUUGAAUCGAAAGGAUAACAAACGUAGAGUGAAUGAAAAAAAUUGGGAAAAGAUCAUGCCUCGCACUUUGAUGGAUGCUGCCACUCUAUUGUACACAUAUCCACAAGUGGUGGAUCAAAUCAAAGGAACCAAAGAGUAUGGACUUGCCUUGGAUUGGUUGAGCGAAUUUGAAAGUUAUGGAACUUGUCAUCGAUUGGAGAGUCAUUUGAGCUCCUUCCCCAAUUGUGGAUAUAUUGAACAAUUUAUUGUGAAUGUAGUGGAGCUUGGAAAUGCUCCUUUCAAGAUCAUACUUGAAAUUUGGAUGAGAGAGGAAAUUAUUGCUCCAAGUGAAGAGAAUCCAAAAUUGUUUUACAUUAACAGCGGUCAAUUAUUGGAAGCUCAAAAUGUGUAUUCUUUGAAAGAUCCUCAGGGUGAUGAAGUCGAUGAAAAAUUCAUUCCAACUUCAUCACGAAAUGUGGAACAACUCGAUGCAUCUCAAUUGACUCUUGAAAAUUAUGUUCAUGCAACCAAGGAUGUUCUUCGAGAAUUCUUGAGGAAUAGAAUGGGAUCCAUCAGCAACAAGAUUAUCAAUCACUUGAAGCUAAUUGAUCUUUUGCGAACAUCAAAGAAGAUAUUGGAAUGUGAACGUGACAACAUUUCACUCGAGAUGGAUGUAUUGAGAAAUGAACUUGCAGAAAUUGCUUUGCAGAACAAGGAUGCCACUUUAUCUAAUUCUAACAAGAAAAAGACUGUAGAAUUGACUUUGAAAAAUUAUACACAAGCCACUUCCAACAGUUCGAGAUCUUUUAUUCGCUCACAAAUGGGAACCAUCAGCAAUGACAUUUUAAAUCAUUUGGUAAAAGAAGAAUUACACCAAAUCAUUGAGAAAUUGCUGAAAGGAAAAGAGACACAUGAUAGCCUAAUGUCAGAAAUGAUCACCUUGUCCGAUAAUAAUAAGGAACGCAAAGCAAAAAGCCGCAACAAGAAUGAUAAGAAAACCAAAGGUCGUAAAAAGAAAGAGAAUGAUAGCGAUGAUGAAGAGGAGUCCAAGAAAUCAAAGAGGAAAAAGAAUGAGGAUUCAAAUGAAAAGCAGACCAAGAAGAGGAAAUAA